UCCAAAAUGGCCGCAAAUCAGGAGCCGGUGUUUCAAAUUUUCUCAUUUCAGGACUGUAAAUUUUCUCCGGACCCGGUUUUUGAACUCCCGGCACAGUGUCUGACUCCCACACAGGUCCCUAUAGUGAUAGAUAACGGCUCGUUCCAGACCCGGGCCGGCUGGGCUGCUCCGGAGGCGGACUGUGGUUCCCCGCGGCUGCUCUUCAGGUCGGUGGCUGCGCGCAGCAGAGGGGCAGCCCGCAGCGAGACCCAGAUCGGUAACGAUAUCCCAAACCUGGAGCCGCUGCGGUGGCUGCUGAAGAGCCAGUUCGACCGGAACGUGGUGGUUAACUUCGAGAUCCAGGAGCUCAUCUUCGACUAUGUGUUCACACACCUGGGCAUCAGCUCAGAGGGCAGUGUGGAACACCCCAUUGUGCUGACAGAGGCGCCCUGCAACCCACUGCACUGUCGUCAGAUGAUGUCAGAGUUGCUGUUUGAGUGCUAUCGCGUCCCACAUGUCUCCUACGGUGUCGACAGCUUGUACAGUUUCUACCACAAUAACACUCAAAGGAAUCUCCAGCCACCACACACUGGCAUUGUCCUGUCUUCAGGAUACCACUGUUCACACAUCCUGCCGGUUAUUAACGGCAGGUUUGAUGCAGUGAACUGUAAGCGUGUGAACGUGGCUGGGAGUCAGGCAGCGUCUUACCUGCAGCGUCUCCUCCAGCUGAAGUACCCAGGUCACCUCGCCGCCAUCACACUCAGCCGUGUGGAGGAACUGCUGCAUGAACACAGCUACAUUGCUGUAGAUUACCAUGAUGAGCUGGAAAAGUGGCGCAGCCCAGAGUUUUAUGAGCGGGAGGUUCACCGUAUGCAGCUUCCCUUCUCGGGUAAGGUGCCGGGCGGCUGUGUGAGCGUGGAGGAGAGGCAGGAGAGACGAGCUCAGCAGCUUCGACGGCUUCAGGAGAUCAAUGCUCGCCGCCGGGAAGAGAAACUGCUGCAGGACCAAGAAAGGCUGGACAGACUUAUGGCAGUACAGGAGCUGCUGGAGGACGGCCUGUUGGAUCAGUUUCAUAAGAGCUUGGUGGAGCUCAACAUGGACUCCGCAGAGGAGCUGCAGUCUUACAUCAACAAACUGCAGCUGGCCGUGGAGCAGGGCAGACAGAAACUGCUGCACAGUGACGGGGCAGAGGGAAAGACGGAGGUGUCUGAGCUGGAGCAGCCGAUGGACGAGGGAGACGGAGUGGCGCUGAUGGAUCCUGACUUCCCUGAGGACACGCUGCCAGAAAAACCUGCUAAUGUGGUUCAGCCCGUGUUCAACAUGGCAGAGUACCACCAGCUGUUUGUUGGGACAGAGCGUCUGCGGUGUCCAGAGAUUCUUUUCCAGCCCUCGCCGACCGGAGAAGACCAGAUGGGGCUGAUGGAGACGCUGCAGUACGUCCUGGCCAGAUACACUCCAGAGCAGCAGGAGGCGCUGGUGAGCAAUGUGUUUCUGACAGGAGGGAACAUGCAGUACCCUGGGAUGAAGGAGAGAGUGGAGAGAGAACUGUUGGCUAUGAGGCCGUUCCAGUCACACUUCAAGGUGACAAUGGCAUCGCGGCCAGCCCUGGACGCCUGGUAAGGGGCGAGAGACUGGGCCUUGGAGCAUCUACCUAGUGGAGAGGGAGGAGCAGCAGAGGGAUGGAUCAGCAGACAGGAGUAUGAGGAGAAAGGAGGCGAGUACCUGAGUGAGCACUGUGCCUCUAACGUCUUUGUUCCCAUGAAAAUCGCAAAACCAGUUCCUGCUCGCCCCACAGAACAAUCUCUUACCACACUGACAUCAAGCGGAGCUUCUGCUGCCGUCACCACAGUUACAUCUGCUGCCUGUGCUACUGUUGCUGCUGAUGUUUCCAUGGUAACCUCCUGAACUGAGAUCUCAAUCAUGACGAGUCUCCGAUAUUCAGUGAAUCCCGGAAAUAAUUUUUGAAAGAAGUGUUUACUGUCAUUCAGUUUGACUUGACUUGACUUUGACCCGCUUCAACAUCAGUUUCUGACCUCUAAUGUUUCCCAGCAUGCGCUUCAACAUCACCCACAGAGCAGGUAUGAACUUGAUGCUUUAAUCACAGGUGACGAAGACUUUGCUUUUUGGUUCUGAGGGACUGAAAACAAAACUGUAUGUGAAUCAUUGAGGAUUCAAAUUGAUGGUCCUGCCCAAACAUGAUUGUAACUGCAAAUAAUAGUGUAUGUCCUAGAGUGGUCUGCUAUUCGACAUUUCUCUGUGGAGGUUUAAGAAAACACCAUCAAACAACAAUAUAAGCUCAGAAAUACAAGGUUCAUUAGCAAUAGCUGUUUUUGCAGUGUUAAGACAUCAUUUUCCUUUAUGUACCAACAGCCACCAUUCAGGAAUGUUGAAUGGUAAUGCACUUCCUGUUUGUUCUUUAUUGGCACCUAUCUGUUUCUGGUCUCCUGUGACUUUUGUAACUUCCUGACUGGAACUGUUUUGGAAAUACAAUUUUGUUUUAUUUUCAUAAUGCUUGUCAAAACCGCAAGAGACUAUUCAUACUGAGUGGUCAUCAAAUGAAAGAUCUUAAAAAGGUCUAGUGGGAUUAUUUUGUAUUACUGUGUAAAUAGAGUUUGUUGUUUGUAUAUUUUAAAAUUAUAUAUUUUCACUGAUGUGAA